GUUGGGAGAACUGGCAUAAACCAGUUGGAAGCCGAUUUGGGUCGCCUGUCUAUCCUUAGAAAACCUUCAUUUGGAGCAUCGCUAGUUGAUGUGUUGGUUGCUUGAGUGUAGUGAUUUCGUUGUUGUUGUACGGAGUAAACGCAACGAGCGUUGUUAUUUUGUUUUGAAGUGACAUAUCCGUACCUGUUUCAUCUUAAUGUAACUGAGUCGCAGCAUAUGCGCAACACUUUUUCAUCCUUUUCCUGUCAAUGUAUCAGGUAAAGGGAUUGCGUUGAAAGGCGUUUUCAAGUUCUUCGUCAUUUCGGCAUUGUGGGUAAUAGCGAAUGAGUGUACAGACAUUGAAACAGCGUUCGGAACUUACAUACGCACGCCAGUGUGAUUAUUUUCUAUCUCAGUAUACGGAACGAAAUUUCAACAUUUGGGAAUGGUGUACGCAGCUACGUUCAAAACACCUAGACUCGGCGAAAUAUACAAGCCUGGGGUCCGACAAGGGAACUGCUUCGUUCGUCAAGAUCUCUUCAUUAGCUGACAAGCAGCCUCUCCGCCCUGCGGUAAAGAGAAGUGAUUGCAAUUUUCAACUACAGCCACUUCGCCAUCAUUGUUACAGUAAUCACUUGAAAAAGAAUUCCACCAACUACAAGAACACACAGGUUAUCCAGAACAAGCAGCUUCUGACAGGACUGGACGGGCUCCUCUUGUACGAAUACUGUUACCCUCUUCAGUAUUCCAUCACCUGUGGUCCGAAUGUCAUUGAACUUGCAUGGAAGAGGAAUCGCAAAUUGACGGGGAAGAAGUGUAGGUGCCCAGAAAAUCCCACAUAAAUUUACUAACGUCCAAGAAUACUUUUUAAUUUUUAAUCAAGAGUUUUGUCUUGUUUAUACAGCAAACAGUAUUAACGAAACACAAUACCUUCAUUUUCUGAAGGAAAUUAAGUCCUUGUCUUGGUUCCAGUUCAUCUGUUAAUAUAUUUUUACAAAUGCAAAUCCAAGAUCAGAAGCCAGACGUUAGAAGCAGGUUUGACGCUUUUUGACAGUUGCUUUGUCACUUUUCUUUCUCUCCACAUUUUACUCAUCACCAAGUGUUUCUUGGUGCAUGUUUGUUUCUACUGAUUCAUGUUUCGUAAUUCUCCAGAUGAGCGAUUUUUACCUAGUCAGAAAAGAAUAGAGAAACUUUGGUGUUCUCAUAUUUCAAUAUGAAACAUUAAAUAGGACAUAGAUUCUCAUUUUUCAACUUGACAAGCCUCCCAUUUCCGACAUACAUUCUGCAGAUAUAUUGUGUGUGUGUGGUGAAAGAAUUUGUUGAUCAGUCAUGUUGGUUCUAAUUAACACUGUGACAUUGGCCCAUGACGACUUUGUGGUCAGCACACGUUUCUAUCAUGCGAUGUCGACAGUUCCUAAUGAACAACGUAUUCAGCUGGCAUUACUUGGAAAGAGGGUUGCUGUAACAUUUAGAAGAAGACGUAGCAGUCGGCUAGCCACUGGGGAUGCAAGGCUAGUGUACUAUCAUAAGCGACCACGGCAUCUGCACUGUCGGGGAGGCUGGAGGGCUGUUAUUAUUGGGAACCAGCAAAGAGGAGGUCGUGGCACUCCGACAACCAGCAGUUCUGCGACGCCUGUAGCCAUUGUGACGACCAAGGAGGAACGCAGUAGCCAGCCAGUAGUGACAAAUUUGGCUCCGCUUCCAGCUCCUCCUGCCAGUGCCGUGUUGCCAGACCCUCAGCCUGUUCCCAGUGUUUCAGAGUUACCGUUGUACCUCCAACCUCUGCCAAGUGAAGCCACCGCUCAGCAGACCUCGCAGUGGCUACAGUCGAAUCGAUUUGGCUCGUAUCUGCGAGUGUUUUCCAGCUUCUCGGGUGCAGAUAUCUUGCGACUUUCUCGCGAUGAUCUCAUUCAGAUCUGCGGCUUACCUGAUGGAAUACGUCUCUUCAAUGCUCUGCAUUCGAAGGCCAUUGCUCCACGCCUGACCCUUUAUCUGUGUGUGGAGCAGAGCUCAGUAUAUCAUGCCCUUUACCUGGACAGUUUGUCUUGCGCUGAAAUGGCUAGCAAACUGGCUCAACUGAUGGGCAUUACCGCCGAUCAGAUACAUGACAUAUAUGUGCAAGGACCCGGAGGAAUACAUGUCCUUAUAACUGACGAUGUUGUACGCAACAUCAAGGAUGAGGCCAUGUUUACCAUUGAAAUAUUGCAAGAUCAAUCAGGAGAGAGGUAUCGACUCCUGUUAAAACCUGCUUCGCGUUGAGACCAACUUUCAGAAAUGGGUUAAAAACCAUAUUUUUUUAAUCUCUGAAAUGCUGCGCUCACUAUAUUCAUACCAUCACAUUGACAUAAAAGCAACAUUGAUCCCCCCCCC